AUGGGCAAUGUCCAAUCAGAGUCAACGCAAGAGUCUGAGACGACCAAAGAUGGGGAGGAGAAAGCCAACCUGGACAGGAGCAAGCCCGGUUGGGGGGCGAGCGGCACGAAACGGGAGACAAGAAACCCUGGCACUCAAACCAUCGAACCCAAAGGUGCCAGUCAGCCACAGGGUAAAGCACCGGGAGGAACGGACAGACAAACGGGGGCCACGGAGAUGGGGAAGAGUAAUUCCAAAAAAUCCAAGCUCAAGCUGUCAUCCAUGUGGACCCAGAACUUGUCCAGCGGUGGGAUCAAGGAGACUAGCCUCUGCGAUAAGGCCCCAGUGACAGAGAAACGGGGGCUGGCGUGUCUGGGCAGGGCUGACCUCCCGAGUACUGGAUCCAUUCCUCCAGGAGAGCAAAAAGGAUUGAAGGCCCCUGUAAAACCUCUCCAAGGGUUGGCUCAUGACCAUAGAGACCUGGGCACCAGAAAAGAAGUGGCUAAAGGGAAAAGCAAGGUGGAGAAUGCUUCCCUGGGUCUGUCGCCACAGCCUGAGACGCUGGUGGAACUGGGCCCCACGACAGCUGCGGAGGAAGAUGCAGUGGAAACCAAGGCCUGUUGCGCCCAGCACAUCAAAAUGAGCACAAAGGAAUACUCAGAGCAUGAGGAGCGGUCGCCCGACUCUGUGCCUCCUCCCCGGAAGCAGCCGGAAAGCUCGAUGCAUGGCCCUGCACCUUUGAACAUGAACGAGGAUGCUGUGGGAGCCCCCAAAUUUCUGAGCAAGAGGAACAUAAACAGGCCAGCUCCUUCCUGUGGUGUGGCUCCACCAGGAGGGAGGAAAGUCCUCCUCUCCUGGGGGUCUGGAGAGAAAGAUCAGGAGAAAGAGCAAGCAGGUCAACAGGACAGCGCGCCCGGGAGCGAUGGCGACUCGAAGGGCCCUGCUCUGGCUUCCCAGCUGCUGGCUGAACACACAACUCCCAGCAGCCCCGUGGAAAAGCGUCCCGCCUCAGGAAGUGAUGCGAAGGCCGGGGCAAAGAACGAAGCUGUGGGGGCAGAAGUGGUCAGUUCUGAGACUAUGCAAGAGCUGCUGGAGCGAGGCCUCAACUUCCUGUACAAAGUGACCAUCCAGCCCGGGCAGUGGCCACCCAGCAUCAAGGCCGUGAAGCAAAAAGCGGGCCUCGUUCCCCCGGGCGUCUCCUAUGCGGACAUCCUGAAGCAGUGCCCACAGAAGAAGGCUGCUGCCGGGGCUCCAGCCCUCCCAAAGGCUCUGCACCACCUCACUACGGCAGGGAAGAAGCUGCCGUCCUUCAAAGGGCUAGAAAGGAGCAACACCGAGGACUUCUCCUCGCUCAAGCAUCUGUUUCUGGAAUACUUCAAAAAAGUCACCCCGAAAGAACCCACUAACCAAGUGCCCAAUCAGCAAGUGGUCACGUUCCUAGAGGAGCUGUCCACGGCCAACCCCAAGAAGCCAGAGUGGCAAAGGCCCCGGCCACCAACCCCAUACCCCCAGCGCCGCAAAGGCCGUAGCAGGAAGUUGCCCAAGUUUGACACAGCCAUGUCUCAGGUAGUCACCUUCUUGGGCAGCGACUCAAAAUGUGAUUGGCUAGUGCACGAUGAAAGCCAAAUGUCAUUGGACAAUGCUGCCAUGUUUGGAGAAGAAGGGGGUGGGGACCCCUUUGAACAGUCCAGUGCAGGCAACCAAGAGGCUGAAGAGGUUGGCUUCCCUCCCUCCGUCACGGCCCUCUUGUUGGAACAGGAAAUAGCAGAGGAUGUUGACAAGGGUGGGCAGAGAUCAUGGCGGAGACCGGCAGGCCCAGAAGAUGGGGUAAAAGAAACCGUUCCACAUAAGUCAUCACCAUGUAACUUGACUCAGGGUAUCUUGUCCCCGCUGGGCACCGUUUGGUCUUCCCAAACAGAGGACCGACCCGCAAUGCCACUGCCAGCCCCAAAAUCACAUUCUCCCAGUGAAACACCAGAGCCGUCCAGCCCCACCGGCUCUGCCCCACUUGGUCCCACUGGACUAGGUCUAGAACAGAAGGCACCAGCCAUGGUGCAAGCGAGACCCAAGGUCCGGAAGCAGGGUCCCCCAGCCCCAAAGUCUAAAGAGAAGCUCAAAUCAUCAGGACAACCCAAGACGAAGGGCUCCAAGGGCAAGGGGCAGAAGCAACGGCCCCGCGGUUGUGGCUUGACCUCCCCACUGAGGCUAGAGCCGGUCCCCCUCUUCACGCCUUUCGAGAAGGUUGCCAGGCCUUUUUAUUUUGGAGAGCCUUUGGAGACGGCCCUUUCUCGGGACGAGCCAGCAGCCACCACAGAGGGCCUUGCCUCCAACCAGGAUGGUCCUGAGCAAGGCCAAGAGGUCCUCCGCCCCGCUGAGCGUUGUCAGUGGCCAGCUUUCCAGGUGGUGGACUCAUGCUCCAGGAAGUGCUACUGCAAACAUCAGCACGAGAGGAAGCUGCCCAAAAACGUUGUGGCUUGGCUCAACCCCUCCACCAACCACCUGGCCGAACCCCCCUGGGUCGCUACUGCUCUGCUGGCCGUCUCGCUGGUUGCCGGGACUAAGUUUUGCCUGGAUUCCUACAAACAGCAGCACGUCACCCACGAAGACUGA